AUGGAUGUGGGCACCAUCCUCGUUCGGUCCAUAGACUAUCUCUGCUGGAAGAAACUUGAGGACCCGAACAGCCCUUACCAGGUUUCCGCCCCUUGGAUGUACUCGAACGUCGUAGCCAACCAUUUCAUUGCAAGUCGCAAAGGUGACAUGUUCAUCAAACACUGGCACGAUGUUUUCAUGGAGAUUUGGAAGGGCCGCAACAGCUCCGAUGACAUUUUCGAAAACCCUCUCGUCUCCUUCGCACAAAAUAUGAACGCCGAUGCAGUCGAAGCUCGGAACUUCAAAUGGAACUGGAGCGCUCCUCUCCCAAAGGUCCUGGAGUACAUUGCUCAAAUCGUGUGCUGGAUCAGAGUUGCUGCGGUCAAAGAGCCUAACGGCGGCUUUGAUGGCGUCGAUUACUUCGACAAGAAAAUCCUUCUCCACGACUCGCUGUACGAAGACUGGCCGGCAGAAGCCAUCAUCGGUUGGAAUGGUGAGGACCUCUUCGACCUCUUCUCAGUCCGAUUGGAUGCCGAUCCAGAGUCUGAAGAAUACAAGAAGGCUUAUAACGUCGUAUGGACGAUCUUGACUACAUCGACUAUGCAGAAGGUCACCCACGCCGCAGGCAUGACCGCAACCAACGCAUUGGGGACUUUGUGGGACAUGAAAGAGAAUGAGAACAGGGACCGUGAACCUGGAACUUUUGCAGAGUUGCUGCGGUAUGGAAGCGUUCAUUUUGAACAAAAUCGAGAGAUUGAGUAUAUCACGCCGCCGAAGGCUGAUUUUGUGUUGGAGAAGGGUGUACUCGAGCCAUGA